AUGUUCAGCUGGCUGAGCACCGACGACCGGCGGAGGAAGGACCCCGAGGUCUUCCAGACGGUGAGCGAGGGGCUCAAGAAACUCUACAAGAGCAAGCUGCUGCCUCUGGAAGAGCAUUACCGCUUCCACGAGUUUCACUCGCCCGCCCUGGAGGAUGCCGACUUUGACAACAAGCCCAUGGUCUUACUGGUGGGCCAGUACUCCACUGGGAAGACCACUUUCAUCAGGUACCUACUGGAACAGGAUUUUCCAGGCAUGAGGAUUGGGCCGGAGCCGACCACCGACUCCUUCAUUGCAGUGAUGCAUGGUGAGAUGGACGGGACCAUCCCUGGGAACGCCCUGGUGGUGGAUCCUAAGAAACCCUUCCGGAAACUCAAUGCCUUUGGCAAUGCCUUCUUGAACAGGUUCGUGUGUGCCCAGCUGCCCAACCCUGUGCUGGAGAGCAUCAGCAUCAUCGACACGCCAGGCAUCCUCUCUGGGGAAAAGCAGAGGAUCAGCCGAGGGUAUGACUUCGCUGCUGUCCUUGAGUGGUUCGCCGAGCGGGUCGACCGCAUCAUCCUGCUCUUUGACGCCCACAAGCUGGACAUCUCUGACGAGUUCUCCGAGGUCAUCAAGGCCCUCAAGAACCACGAGGACAAGAUGCGGGUGGUGCUGAACAAGGCCGACCAGAUCGAGACCCAGCAGCUGAUGCGGGUGUACGGGGCCCUCAUGUGGUCCCUGGGGAAGAUAGUGAACACCCCGGAGGUGAUCCGGGUCUACAUCGGCUCCUUCUGGUCCCACCCCCUUCUCAUCCCUGACAACCGGAAGCUCUUCGAGGCCGAGGAGCAGGACCUGUUCAAGGACAUUCAGAGUUUGCCCCGAAACGCUGCCCUGCGCAAGCUCAAUGACCUCAUUAAGAGAGCCAGGCUGGCCAAGGUCCAUGCCUACAUCAUCAGCUCUCUGAAGAAGGAGAUGCCCUCCGUGUUCGGGAAGGACAACAAGAAGAAGGAGCUGGUGAACAACCUGGCUGAGAUUUACGGCCGGAUCGAGCGGGAGCACCAGAUCUCGCCUGGGGACUUUCCCAACCUGAAGAGGAUGCAGGACCAGCUGCAGGCCCAGGACUUCAGCAAAUUCCAGCCCCUGAAAAGCAAGCUGCUGGAGGUGGUGGAUGACAUGCUGGCCCGCGACAUCGCCCAGCUCAUGGUGCUGGUGCGCCAGGAGGAGUCACAGCGGCCCGCCCCGAUGGUGAAGGGCGGUGCGUUCGAGGGCACCCUGCAAGGCCCCUUCGGGCACGGCUAUGGGGAGGGGGCCGGGGAGGGCAUCGAUGACGCUGAGUGGGUCGUGGCCAGGGACAAGCCCAUGUACGACGAGAUCUUCUACACCCUGUCACCGGUGGACGGCAAGAUCACGGGCGCCAACGCCAAGAAGGAGAUGGUGCGCUCCAAGCUGCCCAACAGCGUGCUGGGCAAGAUCUGGAAGCUGGCGGACGUUGACAAGGAUGGCAUGCUGGACGACGAGGAGUUCGCCCUGGCCAACCACCUCAUCAAGGUCAAGCUGGAGGGCCAUGAGCUGCCCAAUGAGCUGCCCAUCCACCUCCUGCCGCCAUCCAAGAGGAAAGUUGCUGAGUAA